CUUUAUACUUAAACUGUGUGUUUAUUGGCUACAUGAUGGUGCACAACAGCUCUCACUCCCACCCACUAUGCUGCAGCACUCCCUAUAUGCGGAGCCCCCGCUACACGUACGUGGACAGAGACUAUGCCUACAGUGAGGCAGAGAGACGCGAGAUCCAGUGGCACAGAGACCACUACCUUCACUACCUCAGACACUCUCAGGCUCUCCGACUGUGGAACAGGAGAGAAAGAGCUCUGUAGCAGCAGUCCUGUGUGACAGAGAGGGAGCUGGGGCUGCUUCCUCUGAAAGCUCCCUCCACUCCCUCCCCACUGUCUCCAUGAUAGUUCUUCCAGGUGGAGGAAGAAAAGGAGAGGAAGAGGUGCUGGUAAACCUGGGAUCAUGACUACUGAUG